AUGGAGGAGCCAGAUAUACGACAACAGAAGCUGGAGAACCAGCGAACCCUUCUGAUCAAAAAGCAGCAAAAGAAGAGGGCGGACUCCCAAAUGGUGACCGCCAACUGGGACACUCGCAAAAAGAACCUGAAGCUCAAAGCCUCCAAAUCUGAUGAAACCCCUCUGUUGAUCAGCCAAUCCCUGAGCAGCGCUUCCCUGAAUGAUCAAGUUGAGCACAGCCAUGAUAACCCAAUGGAUGUGAUCACGUUGGGUGAAUGCAACUUGACAGCCAGUGAGACUUUAGAGGAAACGCCUUCAGAGAUGACGGCUACUCCGCAAGAAAUUAACUUGGAAACCGACACAGAACCUGAGGCGAAGUGUGAGGUGGAGAGCGACGCCCAGGCGGUGGGGAAAAAGACAAAGAAAAAAGAUGUCAAAAAAGAAAAAGCAAAACGAACUACAGAGGUGGAACCGAACGAUGCGAAGGAGAAAGAAAAGGACAAAGACAUGGAGAAAAAAGAGAGAAAAACAAAGACGAAGGACAAAGUGAAAGAAUCUGAAGACUCGCAGAAGACAAACAAGACGAGCAAAGAACCAAAAAAGACACAUUUGCAGGAGGCCUCGACUCAAGAGGCAGAGCCCGUGGUGGAGGAGGCAAAGCCGAAGAAGAAGAAAUGUGAUGAAAGUGACGAUGAAGAGGACGACAGGUCAAACAGGCCGGUCCCUCAGUCGUCCAAGAGGAAAAAACAACUGGACACAUCCAGGUGCCAAAUAAGUGACGAGAGGAGAGACGACGAAGUCCAGGAAAAGGAGAAAAAGGAGAAAAAGGAGAAAUGGGAGAAAAAGGAGAAAAAGGAGAAAAAGGAAAAAAAGACAAAGGAAACGGAGAAAACUACGCCGAGUCUGGCGUCGCUGAACUCCAACUACAGGGGUAGCUCAUCUUCAGGCAGCGAAUCGAAUGAAAGAUCCACCUCUCCAAUGUCAGUGGAGGAUCUGGAGAAGUUUGCUUUGCGUCCUGCUCCCAGAGACGUAACCAUCCAGUGCAGGGUCACCAGGGACAGGAGAGGUAUGGAGAAGAACAUUUUCCCGACGUACUACCUCCACAUGGAGAAGGAGGAUGGAAAGAGGGUUUUUCUAAUGGCGGGUAGAAAACGGAAGAAGUGUAAAACAUCCAACUACCUCAUUUCCACGGAUCCAACAAAUCUGUCCAGAGACACAAACUGCUACAUAGGAAAACUAAGGUCCAAUGUCCUGGGUACAAAGUUCACAGUCUAUGACGGAGGAGAAAACCCAGAGAAAAAGCCUUUUAUUAAAGAGAGUGAAUCAGUGCGGCAAGAGCUGGCAGCAAUUUGCUAUGAGACGAAUGUGCUGGGUUUCAAGGGUCCAAGGAAAAUGACAGUGGUCAUCCCCGGCAUGCUGGGAAAUGAUGAACGAGUGUCCGUCUGUCCAAAGAAUGAGCUCGAAACUCUACUGGGCUGCCACUCGAACGGCAACACGGACAAACUGGUCACGAUGGUGAACAAAUCCCCGAGCUGGAAAGAGGAGACUCAGUCGUACGUGCUCAACUUCCAUGGGCGCGUCACCCAGGCCUCAGUGAAAAACUUCCAGAUCAUCCACCCUGACAACGACGAUUACAUUGUGAUGCAGUUUGGCCGUGUGGCCGAGGACGUCUUCUCCAUGGACUACAGUUUCCCUGUGUGUGCCCUGCAGGCCUUUGCCAUCACCCUGUCGUCGUUCGAUGGCAAACUGGCCUGUGAGUGA